AGUCCUCUCAUCAAUUUAGAACGAAACGCCCCUCCCUCCCUUCUUCCCUCUAUCCCUUUUGCUCUCUAACCUAGACACAGACAGACUGUUCACCAACCAAUCCUCUACCCCUCCCUCUCUCCCCAUCCUAGACUCCCUCCACGCGUCCGAUCUGGCCAGCCUGCGGCAAACAUACUCGCGCGGGAGCAUUUCACUCUAGCUGAGGGGCUCGCUAAACGCCCGCCGAGCUCCAUGCUGUGCAACACCUCCUCACUAAUCGUCAGGGGCGCGGAGAGCGCAGUGCACUGCGGUGAGGCUGCGCAGCGGGGGCUCGCCCCCUGCACCGCGCUCAGCGGCGCAGGCGGGAGGGCGGUCGGUGGCGGCGGCGGCGAGGCGCGAGGCGGUGGCGGCGGUGGUGCGGGCGGCGGGAUGACAGGGGAGGCGGCGGGAUUGACAGGGGAGGCGGCGGCCACGAGCGGAGCGGCGCGAGAAGGGGGGGGGGCGGCGGCGAGGCGCCGGUGAGCGAGGCGCCCGCGCCAUAUCAGAGAGGGACGCGCCGCUGCGAGAUGGAGGGCGGCGGUGACGGAGGCGAGGCGCGAGGCGGCGGCGGCGGCGGCGGCGGCGGCGGCGGCGAACGGCGGCACCGAGUCUCGGUGAGCGGCGGCGGGAGGAGGAGCAGCGGCGGCGCUCGCUCGCUGUUGGCGGGAGCGCUUUUGAGCCUGGGAGCCCAUGCCACUGCGACCGGCGUGCCCGGGAACGGAGAUCGCGCGCGCGCCGCCACUCACGACGCGCGCGCGAUCUUCGCGGAGUCGGGUCCCCAGAGGGAAGCGGUCUUCUCGGCCGACGUCCAGCGGCGCGCAAGGAAGCAGGCGCAGCGGAGGCGGCCUAGCACCGGCUCGGCGCCGGGCGGUUGCGCUGCCCGCGAGCCGCGUCCUGAGCCUCGGCAGCGCGCUGCGCGGCGCGGCGCUCGCGCUGCUUCUGUGCCGAGAGCGGCAUGAUUCGCCAGCUGAAGCUCGAGACUC